GGGCGGGCUCUGCAGGGAAGUGCGUCAGAGGAGGCGCGGGGAGAGGAGGGUGCCGUGGUCUGAGCUGGAGGGGGAAGCUGCGGGAGCAAGAGGAUGGGCGUGUGCAGGUGAUAGACUAGAGAACAAGACCUCUGUCUCCGUAGCAUCCUGGAGCAGUCUGAAUGCCAGAAUGGAUAACCGUUUUGCAACCGCGUUUGUAAUUGCCUGUGUACUUAGCCUCAUUUCCACCAUCUACAUGGCAGCCUCCAUUGGCACAGACUUCUGGUAUGAAUAUGAAUAUCGAGGUCCAGUUCAAGAAAAUUUCAGUGAAUUGAACAAAAGCCUGUGGGAUGACUUUGACAGUGAUGAGACAGAUGAAAAGACAUACAAUGAUGCACUUUUCCGAUGUAAUGGCACCCUGGGGUUGUGGAGACGGUGUAUUACUAGGUCCCAGCCUACAGAGCCCUUUGAUAUGGUCACAAAAUGCGUUAGUUUCACACUGAAUGAACAGUUCAUGGAGAAGUUCGUUGAUCCUGGAAACCAUAACAGUGGGAUUGAUUUGCUUCGGACCUAUCUUUGGCGGUGCCAGUUUCUCUUACCUUUCGUUAGCCUGGGUUUGAUGUUCUUUGGGGCUCUGAUCGGACUUUGUGCUUGCAUCUGCCGAAGUUUGUAUCCUGCUAUUGCCACAGGCGUUCUUCAUCUCCUCGCAGGUCUUUGUACGCUGGGCGCAGUUAGUUGUUACGUUGCUGGAAUUGAACUUCUCCACCAGAAGCUAGUGCUGCCGGAAAAUGUGUCUGGGGAAUUUGGAUGGUCCUUCUACCUGGCUUGUGUGUCAGCUCCCUUACAGUUUAUGGCAUCUGCUCUCUUCAUCUGGGCCGCCCAUACCAAUCGGAAAGAGUACACGUUAAUGAAGGCCUAUCGUGUGGCGUGAGAAGGAAACCGCUUGCUUCACAGUUGUCUAUUUUAUUUUUUAAUAUUCAUGUUUUCACUCAUCUCCCGCCCAAAUUGUUUUUAAAACUUUGUGAGUGAACCCUUUUAUCCUGGAAAAUCCAGUUUAUUUAUAUACACUGAGUCCUUUAUUACUUAGACUAAAAUUGACAUGGUUACAUGUGGAUUGAUUCCAUCUUGCAAACUAAUCUUGGCUCAGUCUAAACUGAAAGAAAUGGGAUGACACUUGGCAUAUUGUUGUGAAAGGAACUGAUAGUGGAAAUUGACCCAAAUGUUCUAUGUCUGUUAAGGUUUUUCACUAAUGUAACUAUCUGUUUAACUGGCAACAUUUUGUUUCUUUGGGAACCUCUUCUAGUGUUCAAAACUUUGUGUUCACCUCAUUAUUAUAGAUAGCCAGUCAGCCACAGCUAUUCUGUUUUCAAAGACUCGAGCUGUAUUAAAUAAGGAAGUUAUCUAAGAAUCUUUUCCUUAAGUAUUCACUUGUAGCUUCAUCAGAAGUGGAAUAAGGUAACUGUUUAUCUCCACUGUGUCUAUAAGAAAGGAAGUGAAAAAACAGUGAUUACUUGAAAUUUUAAUUUUGUAAUUACAAGAAUUCCAGUUCAACCGGACAAGAGGAUUAACUUUGUUUUCAUUUUUUUUUAAAGCUCCAUUUUAGUUGAAUUUUCAGUACCACGAAAUAAUUUUGCGUUUUUCUCCUUUCUUCUUCAGACCCUGUGCUUCUUCCCCAAACCCCCAACACCCUUUUUUUAAGAGUACAAUGGAUCACAGAGUACUUCCCCAACUGUUGUCAGUUUAUUCCAGCUAAAUACCAUAAAAAAAGUUCCACUAUAAUGACGCUCCAGAGCUAGGAAAACUACCACAAGAUCUAAAGCUUUGGCUGGUUAGUAACUUCCAACUAUGGUCUUUAUUUCUUGUGGUGAAAUGAUGUGCCUUUCCUUGCCUGAAUCCAUUCCUGGUUGUAUCAAAAUUAUUUAAUGUCUUCUAAUUCAGUCAUUUUUUUAUAAACGUCUAUAAAACAUUGAACUUUUAAGAAAUCUUAUUUAUUUAUUCCAUUACUAUAGCACUUGACAGAUUUUAAAACAAUGUAACAGUAAUUUCUUACACUGUCCUAAAUCUGUCUUUUUUAAAAAAUAAAAAAUGAAAAGAGA